AUGAACCUGAGUCGCUUCCUUCUUGUUGCGGAGGGGGGUGGGCCACAGCGCACGGCACUCUCUGUGGCAGGUCAUAGCGCUUCUGAGGCAUCUCCCAAGGCUAUAAAGAUCGCUGCCAGAAUGCGAUUUCUCCAGACACCACAACGCCAUUCCCCGGUACCGCUCCACAAGCCAAGCCCACCCAUGUCCGCACCCUACAGCGACUCUACACAUUGGAGUAGCAGUGGCUUCAACCAGCCAGAUCCUUCUGCGCCAUCACAUCCAUCGGCGGCAUCCGCCGAUGAUAUUUUCGCGGACGUGAUUGAUCCGGCGACUCAAAGAGCGGUUACGCAAGCCACGUCUCAUUUCGACAUCGGCAUGAGCGCAAAAGUGUUAUCCUAUGCUUGUCAGUCGACUGUUGGGCACGACCAGUGCGUUCAAUUCUAUGAGAUGCUCUGGGACUAUCACGGACCCGCGUUCUAUAAAAUGAUGAUGGGGUCUGUUGGUGCCGUCGCCCAAUGGGAGCCUGCAUACGAAAGUCCGUUAUGGUACGCAAUUCAAUUAGAUCCUCGUGCUGCACGACAAGCCGGAGAGCAAGCAUGUGCGCGGGUAGGAGUCUCAUUCCCUAGCCAUGUGGUCUUUCCGCCAAUGGCCAACGAGUUUGUCCGGAUUUCCCUCACGGAGAAGUUAUUGGCGCUGAAUGUACCCAACAUGUCGUCACCGGCCGAUUUUUACGCCUUUGGCGCACCUUCGCAGGUGGGGUAUCAGCCUUCGAUCACAUUCAACAUGUUCAGUGACAGUUCAAGCUAUGCGUCGAACUCGAUGGCCAUGCCACAGUCUCUCGAUUGGACUUCUAUAUCAAUGCAGCAACCGGCUAGGCUUCCUGCUCAGCCUGCCGAGUCUAGUCUACCUGUGUUAUCGGGAAUGUCUCAAGUCAACUCUGUGGCUCCUGUUGCUGCGCCAUGUGACCCAGUAGCCUCUAGUUUUGGAGAAACACUGGCUUCGACAGGAACGUCCAGGGAGCACUCCGCUUUUAACCUGGGAGAAGCUAUCGGUCCUAAGCCAAUGAUGUCGAAUACUAGCGCAAGCGGGAAAGUCAUGUCAACGCUCUCAUCGCUAGCCGAGCGGUGUUCACAUCCGGCGCAAAAGCGAGAGCGAGAGGCAACCUCGCCUGAAAGCCUUGACGAAGCCCCACUACGCAGAUCGAAGAGGAUAGCAGCAAGGUGCACGUCGUCCACGGCCUCCAAUUUCUGA